CCCGCCACCCAAACGACCACACACGACGAUGUCCGGCGGCCUGUUCCGCACCGACGGGGGCGUGCGCUCCUCCUCGGGCCUCGACGCCAGCGACGCGGGCAUCGCGGAGGCGUGGGCCAAGGUGCGGAGCGAGGCGGCGCCGGAGACGUGGCUGCUGCUGGAGUAUGAGGGCAAGGACAAGCUGAAGCUCCGUGCGGCUGGCACGGAGCGGCCUCAGCUUCUGGCAUCCCUUGCCGAGGACCAGGUCGUUUUCGGGGCUCUGCGGACAAAGGCCGGCAAGUUCCUUUGCCUCAUGUGCGUGGGCGAGGAGGUGGGGGGCAUGGCCAAGGGCCGCGCGGCGGCGCACAAGAACGCGGCCUUCAACGCGCUGGAGGGCACCUCUGGGGAGGUGUGCGGGCUGUCGGUGCGGGACUUCAGCCAGAGCUUGGCGGAGGUGGACUUUUGACCGAGGCGAGCUGAGAUGGGCCAGCGCCCUUCGCGCCGUUCAACUAGGGGGGGAAGUGCACUCCAAAGAUGGCGCGGCCCCAACAAUGUACAAAUGGGAUGGGCCCAUCUGCCGCAAUGUGCUGGCAGCGCGCCGGGCUCGUUG